AUGGAUGGGGAGGAUAGUUUUGUGGCUCUGGUCCAUUGCUCUGGAAAAAUUCAAAAGAGCAAAAGGCAUGGUGUGAAAUUCACAGAUAGAGAACCGGUUAGUAUUUUUAUCCGAUCUUCGAGUACAUUGGCAGAGAUUAAGCUCAGCAUACUACAAAAGCUCGGUACCCGUGAGACGAAGCUGGUUAAAAAGCUGUUUUACAAGAUUCCCAUUACCGUUGUGUCAACCGGUGUGAGAUAUGAGACCUUUGUGAUAGGGUCGGAUGAAGACCUGCAGGUCUUGUUUCACUGCAGGCGUAGUUUUUCGGAGGUGAGGAUACCUGAGAUGUUUGCGAAGUUGGAAGAUCGUGUGGAUAGCUCUGGGGCAUCGGCACCGGGUCCUCAGUCGACCACAGUGGGUGGUGCCUCGACAUCACUGCCUGUGGUAGCAGCGGUAGUUCCACCUCCUGAGCCCGAACGUGCUGGGGUUGAGUUUGAGGUCAGACCGGAUCGAGUUGAGAAUGCGCUGUGUGAUGAUGAUUCCGAUGAGGAGCCGGUCGAUAUUGGUGGGGACAGUAAAAAUGAUAUACCGAGAGGUGUACGUACAGGCCAUGGAGGUUCCGGUUCUGGAUCACAAGAGUACCCUCCCCACCUGUCGUCUUUGAACUUGGAGGCCAUCGGCCAACACCAGAAUGUAGAGGCAACAUUCGAUGGGCAGGGUAUGCAUGAUGGGUCAGGUUUGACUGAAUUUCAGGUUGGCCAAUCGUUCCAGAGUAAGGAGGAAGUUGUGCUGAGUGUGAAAGAUUAUAGCAUUAGGCAUGGAGUUGAGUACAUGGUUAUGGAGUCUGACAAUCUAAAAUACCAAGGGAGAUGCAAGGAGUUCGGUAACGGGUGCACGUGGUUGAUUCGGAUAGUCAUGCGGAAAAGGAAGAGCACAUGGGAAGUAAGGAGGUACAACGGACCACACACGUGUAUGGCCACAUCGAUUUCGAGCGACCACAAGCAGCUUGAUUAUCAUGUGAUUUGUGCAAGAAUAUUUCCAUUGGUUAGAGCUGAUGCGUCGGUAUCGAUUAAGCUGUUGCAAGAGGCAACAGAGGCAACAUAUGGUUUCAAGCCAAGUUAUCGGAAGGUGUGGUUGGCAAAGCAGAAGGCAGUAGCACAGAUCUACGGCGAUUGGGAGGAGUCAUAUGCGGAUCUGCCCCGCUGGAUCCUUGGGGUCACAUUCACCAUGGACGGUUCCAUUGCUCUGCUGAAGACCUCCCCGGUUAGAGUGGGUGACCAGGUUGAUGAAGAAAGAGUCUACUUUCAUCGCAUGUUUUGGACAUUCCCUCCAUGUGUUGAGGCAUUCCGCCACUGUAAGUCACUCGUCAGUAUCGAUGGGACACACUUGUAUGGUAAGUAUGGAGGGACCUUGUUGUUGGCGAUUGCUCAGGAUGGUAAUUCGAAUAUUUUGCCUGUUGCGUUUGCACUGGUGGAGGGGGAAAAUGCUGAGUCUUGGUCAUAUUUUCUGUCCAAUCUUAGAAGACAUGUUACUCCACAGGAAGGUAUUCUCGUCAUCUCUGACAGACACAACGGCAUCAAGGCUGCGCUGGAGUCACCAGAUAGUGGUUGGCGACCUCCGCAUGCUUAUAGGGCAUUUUGUAUUCGGCAUGUUGCUGCAAAUUUUGCCCUCACAUUCAAGGGGCAGGAUGUCAGGAGGUGGCUAGUUAACGCCGCUUAUGCGAAGACUGAAGCAGAAUUUGACUAUUGGUUUGAUAUAAUGAGGUCAGAGAACCCAGCCAUGUGUGAUUGGGCAAACAGGAUGGAUUAUGAGAUGUGGACACAGCACAAGGAUGGGGGCAGGCGAUAUGGUCACAUGACGACCAACAUUUCUGAGUGUGUGAACUCUGUUUUGAAGGGCACGAGAAAUCUACCAGUCACGUCCUUGGUUAAGUCCACUUAUCUUCGCCUUGCUGAGUUGUUUGUUGUCCGGGGGCAGACGGCAGAGGCACAGUUAGGAUCCGGCCACCGGCAUCAACUUGAUUAUACGGUGGCUGAGACUACCCCCACAGGCAGAUUCUCGCUUGGUAGCUACCGGGUUUCCCUAAGGGAUCGUACUUGUGACUGUGGUUACUUCCAGGCGUUGCACUACCCGUGUUGCCAUGCCAUCGCAUGCUGUGAGCAGUCACGACUAGAUUGGGCAACAUAUGUUGAUGAAGUGUACAGCAUGUCUGAGGUGUUUAAGGUGUAUCAGAUGUCUUUUGCACCAUGUAUUCCAGAGGGGCUUUGGCCCCCAUAUGACGGUCCGACGAUGAUCCCCAACCCGAACAUGAGACGGGCAAGAGAAGGACGACCUCGGUCCACCCGCAUCCACAACAACAUGGACAAAGCUGACACCAGUCGACCAAAGCGGUGUGGACUGUGCAGGCAGCCCGGUCACACCCGAAGGAGUUGCCCUCAGCGAGGUUCUACUAGCGGCAUCUAG